AUGUCGCUCAACUUUGCGCCUUAUCAAGAGCCGCCAUCGUCGACACGGUCAGCGGGUGCGCUGUCGUCCAGCGGACAGUCACAAGAUCGCACGCUGCCCGCCGCCUCGCUUUCAUCCUCCCGAACGCAAGGGAGCGGGCCGUCAGCUUCACAAGUACGCGCAUCCCCCUGGCUGGCCUCCUCUUCCUCCUCUCCAUCUGCACAAGAUCAAGCUCGAUCGAGCAGCAGCUACCAGGCCGGUGCCAGCGUGGGCCAGAUCAAUCCGACCAGUUUCGGUAGCGCGAGCUCGGCCCACCGAGCUGGGUUCUCAGACUCCUCGAGCUCGGCCAGAGCGGCAGAAGCAGGCCUGGCUCCCCUUGGGCCCGACGCCUUUGAGACGACGCUCGGAUUGAGAACAGACGUCGAGGCGGCAAUGACUUAUCUGUUAGGUCCAAUAUCAGGCUUGAUCAUCCUCAUGACAGAGCACAAGAACGACUAUGUUCGCUUCCACGCGUGGCAAUCCUCCUUGCUCGGAUUCGCAGCCGCGUUUCUCCAUCUCAUCCUCGCCUGGUCAUCUUUCUUCGAAGUCUUGCUGCUCAUCUUGGACAUCAUCGCACUCACCUCCUUGGCGGUGAAAGCCUACCGAGAUGCAGAGAUACUCGAACGAUAUACUUUGCCGUACAUUGGGCCGCUAGCGAACCAGUGGGUAGACGAAGAAUGA